AUGGACAUGGAGGGUCAUCUAGAAGCCGGGCAAAGCUGGACCGAGCUCUAUAUAAUGCGGCUCUUUUGGAGAUUUUUCCAGAUACUUGCUAUGAGUAUGGAAAAAGAGUCUUCGGGUCAUAAUCCUGUGAUCAUUCGGUUUCAAAGGGAGGUUUGUAGAUAUGGACCUACACCUUUUAGAUUCCAGAAUAUGUGGUGUACGCAUCCUGAUUUUCGGAAGUGUGUGGUGGAAGCUUGGAGGGAUGAUGUUCAGGGAUCGGGUUUAGUUCGUUUAGCGGCCAAGCUCAAACGAACUAAGUUGGCCAUUCGAUACUGGAAUCGGCAGGUCUUUGGGCGUGUUGAUCACAUGAUUAAGCAACUGCAAGAGCGUAAGGAAGGAUUGGAGGUCCAACUUCAGGGAGGGUAUUCAUCAGAAAUAGAGGAAGAUUUUUUUCUAACGAAAUUAGAGUUGGAAGCCUGGGAAAAGAGAGAGGAAAUUCGUAUAGCUCAGCAAGCUAAGAAGAAAUGGUUAGUGGAAGGGGAUAAUAAUACUAAAUUGUUUCAUGCUUUUGUGAAUCAAAGGAGGAAAAGGUCCUUUAUUUCAUCAUUGUCACUGUCGGAUGGGGAAGUUCUUGAGUCUCCCGAAACUGUUCAUGAGGGUGAUGUGCGUUACUUUCAUGCCUUUUUAACUGGUGUAGGGCCUAAUGAAAGAGCAAAUAUAGGUGCUAUUAUUUUUCCUGUCAUUUCUGAGGAAGAAAUUUUGGUUUUAUGUAGUGCGCCCACGGAGGUGGAGGAAGUUCUUUCUCGUCUUAUUAAGAAGGAUUUUGAGGAGGGAAAGAUAGGGGCUUUCCAUCAUCCCCGUGGGGUGCCAUUGGUGUCGCAUCUUCUCUAUGCAGAUGACAUUUUAAUUUUUGCAAAUGGGAAAAAGAGGUCUAUUCGAAGGCUUAUCAAAACUCUAAAGAGGUAUGAGGACUGGUCGGGGCAGUUAAUUAGCAAGGAGAAGUCUAAUCUUUUUUUGUCUCGGCGUAUUGCUUAUACUAGAAGGCGCAAUUUAUUACAGAUGAUAGGUUUUGUUGAAGGAGUUUUCCCUGCCACUUAUCUUGGUGUUCCUCUGGUUUCGGGACGGUUAACUGCUCGAACAUUAGAACCGCUAAAUGGUAAAGGGAAAAGGAAAGGGUGUUCCUGGUCUAAUUGUUGUAAGCCUAUUUAUGAGGGAGGAUUGGGAAUUAGAGAUCUUGUUGAAGUGGAAAAAUCUCUGCAUAUGAAGUUUGUGUGGCGCAUGUUGACAGUUGAUAACUUGUGGACUAUAUUCUUUAAGGCCAGGUAUUUGAAAAAUGGCCAACAUUUACGGGAGGUCAAUCCAAAUAAGGGCUCUCGGUUUUGGAGGUCUAUUAUGCGUUUUGUGCCUGAAGUGCUAGAUUAUGUUCGAUGUAAGAUUAAGGAAGGAAAAUCCUCUUUCUGGUUUGAUCGUUGGAUAGCAUCGAGUCUACUAUGUGCACAGGUUCAGAGUGUGCCAAAUAAUAAGCUGCAGGUUCGGAAGUGUUGGGAUAGAGAUGGGUGGAAUGUUAACAUGUUACUGGAGUUGUUGGUAGAAGAAAAGGCUAAUGUAGUGAUGAGCUCAGGUUUAUCUUGUAAGGAAGGGAUUGAUAUUCCCAUCUGGGAGCCGUCGAUAGAUGGUAAGUUUAAUACGGCAAGUGCUUGGGAGGUUGUUCGCGAUCAUAGAGAGGAGAAUCUGAUGUUAAAAUGGUUUUGGAAUCCUCUGCUCCCGAAGCGUGUUUCUAUUUGUAUGUGGAAAGCUUGGUUUGCUUGUCAUCCGGUUGAUAUGUGCAUACAAUCAGUGGGAAUUCAGUUAGCGUCAAGGUGUAAUUGCUGUCAGAAUGGAAAAGUUAAGUCUUUAGACCAUGUUCUUUGCUCGGGAUCAAUUGCUCAGGAGGUUUGGAAAAAAGCAGGGGUGGCUUUGGGAAUUAACUGUAUGCCUACAUCUACAUGGAAAGCCCGAAUUAUUUUAUGGCUGAAUUGUGCACGUCGUGCAUCACAAUAUGGGAUGUUGGUUGGUCUGCUUCUGAGCCUGAUCACUUGGAAGUUAUGGGGGUGUAGAUGUAAGGCUUGUAUGGAGUCUAUUUAUGAAUCGCUGAGUGCAGUUUGGAGGGAAGUGAAAUACUGGUUGCGGGCAAUCUCAGAGAAUAUGAAUGGAGGGGCUCCUCCAUCCCGAACGGAUAUUCAAGUUCUUCGUGCUUUGGAUAUUCCGACUUGA